GUAUCCCUUCUAAGACUAAGGUCAUGGUCGCCAACCUGCCUUACGAUCUCACCGAGGAAAAGCUCAAGGAGCUCUUCAGCGAGUACCAGCCGUCCUCGGCCAAGAUCGCCUUGCGGCCCAUUCCCCGCUUCAUGAUUAAGAAGCUGCAGGCCCGUGGUGAGCCUCGCAAGGGUCGCGGCUUCGGCUUCGUCACCCUCGCUUCCGAGGAGCUCCAGCAGAAGGCCGUGUCUGAGAUGAACGGAAAGGAAAUUGAGGGUCGCGAGAUCGCUGUCAAGGUUGCCAUUGACAAUCCUGACAAGCAGGGCGAUGGUGAGGAGGGCGACGCUCCUGCCGAGGAGACUGCGAACGGUGCCGAGGAGGCUGCCGCCCCUGUGGCCGCUUAAGCGCUGCUCAGCACGAACCGAACAUUCAUCUUCAUAUCAUCAUUGACCAAGCCUCUCCCAAUUCGGGUGGCGUUUCUGGGAUGAUCAUGAUGACGGCAGACUCAGAGUUAUCACUUUUGGUGCACUUGCAACUACAUCAUGAUUCGACGUCCAGUUUGAGGAUUCUUCUGGCUUUGUGGGACAUGAUGAUCGGGACGGGAUGAGACUUCUGGCGUCUCUCGAAGGCGCUGAGGUGUGGAGGGCAUCAGGAGGAUCUCCAUUGUCUCUUUUUUAUCUAUAUGACUGCACAGAUGAAUUCCCACGAGAGCAUAUUUCUUUCGCCCACUCGCACGUCUGCGUAUUGAUAUUUUCUUUCUCCUUCCCGGCCUGUAUUCUAUUCGCAUUCUGGAACGGGGUUUGCGCAUUCGGAAAAGUUGAUGCAAAAAUGGGAAAAGCUUGAGCAGCCUUUUGGCGAUGGACUGAUUCGGGGUGGACAGCAAACAGAAUUACCGGACAGAAAAGGAAACAAAGAACAAACAGUAAUUAUCACC